AUGACUGCAAACAGACGCAAGAAAAAAGGGCAGAGUGCACCAAUCCCCGAUCAAUUGACGGAUCACGGCACCCUCGAAACUGCGCGAGUGCGCCGCAAGACCUCAAAACAACAAGCACAAGAGGAAGCCUCGCUUGAAAAAGAGGCAAGAAAGGUCAAUUGGUAUGCUCAUCAAGCUCUCAGAGAUUCGGACACAGAAUUUGAUCAAGAUGACGUGUUCACAUUUAAAGCUGUAGCGCAACCCAGUGUAACACGUCAACGAGCUCCAACCCAAACACCUCGACUCACUCAACGGUCGACUCACAUUCCAUCUGCACCACUGAGCCGUGUACCACCAUCUGAUGAUGUCAUCGAUCCAACACUCUUGGCUACUCCACAGCAGUGCGCACCACCUAUCGUCACCCCGCCUAAACUUGAGCGUUGCUCGGUGGCGCGAGGAUUGGGGCUAAUGAGUGGUGCCCGUGGACCUACUGACACGACAAGUUAUGGUAAUGGAUGGGCAGGAGCAUAUGGGCCUGCCGCAUCAUCCCCAUUGGAAUCAAGACGACCAGUGGAUGCAGACACUGCUGACUUGUCGUUGUUUAGCUCCCCAGUGCCACAACACCCUCGUGUUAGUGCACUCACGUCUUCUGGACUUGGAAUUAAACGUGCAGGUUAUCCGUCACUGGCAACAACCGAAGGCCUCCAGGUGGGCGAGGGUGGUACCCAUGGGCGCCUUCGUUCAGCCGACUUUGACAAACUUUAUGCCGCAACAGUCCAUCUUGCCAUCAGUCACUACCAGUCAAUUCUCGCUAACUCAACCAUUUAUCCAAAUGACAUUCAAGCGCAAGACUGGUCUGGCCAAGCAUGGGCAGCCGCUUGCCGCUCUCAAGGCAUUCAAAUUGAUUUUGAUGAAGACGCGUAUAAAUUGAUCACUGAACGCGGCUCUAAUCUACGCAGCGACCUCAUGACUAUUCUACGCCCACCGUCGAGACCGACUACUGUCCUCGCAAACCGUAAGCUCCUCACGUGCAAGGAUCGUGAAGCUGGAAAAGGGCUAUUUGAGACCAACAUUAUCGUCAACGGAGUCAUCAAGUGGUGCUACGAUAAGAAAAACUCGUUGGGUGCUACUCUACCAAGCUACUUCAAGGAUUCGACUACUGGUGGGGCAAGCUGGGGUAUCAUUGCAGCCGUUCUCACUGGGAUCGAGGCUUGCAUUGCGGAGUGGACCAGUGGCACAAAAAGCGAGACGCGCUUCUACAAGGAGUGCUACGCAACGAUCUUUGACAUUUACUUCAACAUGCUGGUCAAGUUUCACAAGGGCACUAAGCAUGUCGGUGUUUUGCCGAAGAUCUGCAAGAGGGUUUUAAGACGCGCUCGUCGACACGCAAGUGUUCCAGAGGAUCUGUUCAGCGUGGGAGGCAGUACAGAGAACUUCUCGACAGACGAAUUCGCUGCAGCAGCCGCAGAAUGGGAUGGCCGUGUAGAAUCGGACGAGGAGUAUUACUAG